CUUCGAAAAGCGGAAUUUGGUGCGAGUGGCGGUCGAGAGCGCAGCGAUGACCCGUGGCAACCAGCGAGACGUGGAUCGUGCGCGUGCCCAAGCGCGUCAGGCCAAGCACGCCAAGAAUGCAAGCCAGGGAAACCCGCUUGCCAAGCGCGAGGCUGAUGCCAAGGCGCUACAGGAGAAGAUCGCGCGUAAGGCCGCCAUGAAGGCUGAGGGCGGUGACGCUAACGCCAACAACGGCAAGGGAGGCAAGAACGGCAAACAGCAGAAGAAGAAAUAGAGAUUCGUCCUAUUUGGGUAGAAUCCGUGGGCCGUGACGGUCGUAUUAGACGAAUUUUCUGCUGGCUUUAGAUCGCGGAAUGGCUGGCACACGUGCUGUACCGUUGGUCUGUGACCAGUGCAAGACGAUGAUAAAGUUUAUAGGCAGCAGAGCAUGGAGAAUGAAGCAUAUUUUUACUCCAACAUGGCUCGAAAGUCCGCAAGAUUGAUGCGGCCGUCCUGGUCGGCAUCUGCGCACGAGAUGAGUAUGUCCA